ACCUGCAGAAGGCUUGGGGCUGAGGAGACGCAUCAUCAGCCAAGAGCUGGCAGAGGAGUCAGUCUGGGGUUGUAAGGAAGACGUCAGGCCAUUGGCGCCGAGCCCGACCAUGCAAGCCGUAAAGCUUAAUCGAACCAGCAAUGCAUUGAACUCCUUGUAUUGUUCGGUGCACAGUGCGAUGAAGAACACGAUGCAAGCUGAUGAUGAAUGCAGCGAGGAGAGCACAAGAAGCAGGGGCCAAAUGGAAAUGUCACGUGCGGCAGCCUUCCAUCAUCCCGCCGUCCACCCCUCAUCAACCACAUCCGUGUCGAACCACCCCGUGCCGCUAGCGAAAACGGACACGGGCAUGCCGCGGACAUGUUUGGUCUGACCCCUGGAUAUCCGUGAAGGUUUCGAGCUUGUUCACGCUCCCACCCCGGAACUCGACGAGAGUGGAGUAUAGAGGCGGCGAAAGCACGGCUAGGAGAGUCGCCAACCAUGGCUCGGCAAUAAA